AUGUGUAGUUACAUGGGUGCGAUAACGGCGCUCUGGAACCGCAUUGCUCGAAGUACUGAGACGAGGACGUACCACUGUACAGAGGCAGGAGCUGCCGCCUGUCUCUCUGGCACACUUGUCCCCGCCGCCAUGACGACACCGAACCCCAAGGCCCUCACGGCCCAGGACCUGCCCAAGCUGCUCGAAAACGACAACCGCAUUAAGCUCGCCGGCCUCGAUGUUGACGGUAUCCUCCGCGGCAAGGUCAUCUCCAAGAAGAAGUUCCUCUCCGUCGCCGAGGCUGGCUUUGGCUUCUGCUCCGUUAUCUUUGGCUGGGACAUGCACGACAAAACCUACAUGCGCGAGCUCAAAAUCUCAAAUGCUGAGAAUGGCUACCGCGACAUACUUGCCAUCCCCGACCUGUCCACAUUUCGGAGAAUUCCCUGGGAAAACAACAUUCCUUUUUUUCUCAUCAGCUUUGUCGACCCCGAAACCAAAAAGCCCAUAUGCGCCUGCCCACGUGGCCUGCUGCGAGAACAACUCGAGCGCCUCCGCAGUAAUGGCUACGGUGCAAUGGCUGGUGCCGAGUACGAGUUUUACACCUUCAAGACGCCCGACUCCUCCAAAUCCCCCGCCGCUUUCUUGCUACAAAACCCCCACGAUCAGCUACCUUCUCUCACAGAGGGCAUGUUUGGCUACUCUCUGAGCCGUCCCGUCCACAACAAAGACUACUACUACGAGAUCUUUGACAGCUGCGUCAACUUUGCCUGUAACAUCGAAGGCUGGCACACAGAGUCGGGCCCUGGCGUCUUUGAAGCUGCCCUCGAGUUUGACGAGGCCGCCGAGAUGGCCGACCGCGCCAGUCUCUUCAAAUACGUCGUAAAAAGCGUCGGAGCACAGCAUGGUAUUAUUCCGUGCUUCAUGGCCAAGCCCAAGCAAGGGCUGCCUGGAAACAGUGGCCACGUGCACGUCUCUCUUGUUGACAAGGACGGCAAGAAUCUGCUUGCCCGCGACACCCCCGACGAGAAUGCGCAGUGGAAGGACAUUGCCCACCUCUCCGACCUCGGCCGACACUUCCUCGCCGGUAUCCUUGUCGGCCUGCCCGACAUUAUGCCUCUCUUUGCGCCGAACAUCAACUCGUACAAACGCCUGGUGGAAAACUUUUGGGCGCCCGUCACCGUCUCUUGGGGCCUCGAGCACCGCGCCGCCUCGAUUCGUCUCCUCUCGCCGCCCACGUCCAAGCCGUCGGCCACGCGCUUCGAGGUCCGCGUCCCCGGCGCCGACACGAACCCGCACUUUGUCAUGGCCGCCAUCAUCGGCUGCGGCUGGCGCGGCGUCGAACAAAAGCUCGAAAUUCCCUGCCCGCCCCUCGCCUUGGGCCAAGAUGUAGGCGGCGACGCCGACAUGGGCGAGCGCCUGGCCAAGGGCCUCAAGGAGGCGACGGAGCGCUUCAUGCGCAAGGACAGCAUCGCCCGCCAAGUCUUUGGCGACGACUUUGUCGAUCACUUUGGCGGCACCCGCGAAAACGAAGCUCGCUUAUACGACGAAGCCGUCACUGAUUGGUAUGUCCCUCUCCUCGUCCUACAUGCCAUGAUGACCUACCUCAAUGUCGACUACGAUUGCUAA